GGAGUGACAUCCAGUCAGAUAUGUGAUCUCUGUGAUCAUUCGCAGAUUUCACACGUAGUAAGCAAUGAUGUCAAGUGACAUCUUGCUUACUACUAUUCAUGUGACCACUGGCCAAUCAGUGAUCACAUGCCUAGCAGUACAGUGUCACCAUGCAUUCUUGCAGCCAUUGAGAACUACUGUGUGAGCUGUGAUUGGUCACAGCUUGUCACAUGGCACAAGGCUGUUGUGAAUAGCCUUGUACCAUGUGACCUCUGUGAUCAUUCACAG